AUCUCAAUAUGCCUGAGCCAGCGAAAUCCGCUCCAGCGCCUAAGAAAGGGUCUAAGAAAGCUGUCACUAAGACUCAGAAGAAGGGCGACAAGAAGCGUAGAAAGACUAGGAAGGAAAGUUAUUCUAUCUACGUGUAUAAAGUGCUGAAGCAAGUUCACCCAGACACUGGUAUUUCUUCUAAGGCCAUGGGGAUCAUGAACUCCUUUGUGAACGACAUCUUCGAGCGUAUCGCAGGGGAGGCGUCUCGUCUGGCGCAUUACAACAAGCGCUCGACUAUCACUUCCCGGGAGAUUCAGACCGCUGUAAGACUGCUACUGCCGGGCGAGUUAGCCAAACACGCGGUGUCUGAGGGCACUAAGGCUGUUACCAAGUACACCAGCUCUAAGUAGAUUCUAUCAAAGAACAUAAAACCCAAAGGCUCUUUUAAGAGCCACCCACAUUUUCAAUAACAGAGCUCAAAACACUGCUUUGUUUUCCCUG